ACGAUGUGGGGCCCCCGCGCCUUCGUCGACUCGGGCUCCAAGAGGGACCCGGCCGAGGACCGCGACUCCCGAGAGCGCCGGAGGAGGAGCAUCAGGCACAGGCUCCUCGUGGAGGUCGGCCACAGCUGCUCCCUGCCGCCCUGGUCCGACUCGGACGACGAUGACCUGAGCGACAGAGACUACGAGAGGAUGGUGAGGCGGAGGUUGGAGCGGGAGCACCGCUGGUUCGGGCGCCAGUGGCAGCCGCCGCGCCUGGUCUCACCGGACGCCCAGGAGGAGGAGGAGGUCGUGGCCGCCGACGAGGUCGUGGACGUCGGCUCCGUGGUCAGCGACGCCAGGCUCUACGAGGCCAUGGAGAAGAUGGACAGCGGCGAGGUCGCGACCCGCUUCCUGCUGCAGAUGCCGUCGUCCGUGCCCCCCGAGCUGCAGGGCGAGUCCCCGGCCGGCCCCUCGGAGGCCAACAGCUACAACAUCCUCAUGGCCGACGUGUCUGGGUCGAUGGGGUCCUACUGGGCUCACGUCGUCUCCGGCUGGAACACCUUCGUCGCGCCCAGGCUGAGGGGGCGCACGGACCUCUACGUCUUCGGCAGCUACGUCGAGCUGCUGAGGACUGGCUCUCAGCUGGAGAAGUCGGACUUCACGGGUGGUCAGACAGAUUUGACGGGCGCCCUGCAGACAAUCGUCGACAAAGUGUACACCUGCAAAGAGAAGUACAUCAAGGUGUUCAUCAUUACCGACGGGGACCACAACCAGUCGCCCGACCCUCCGAACACCGUCAUUUCGCAGAUGACGGAACCGUUCGGCAAAGUCUGCGACGUCUACCUGCUGGGGGCGGGCACCGGGUUCCCCGUCGAGUACAGCCUCAGCAUCCGGUCCCGUCUUCACAACGGCAGCGCCAACCUGCCGACGCUCUUUUGGGCCAAUGACACUUCAGGUGUAGAGGAGCAGAUGGAUGCCAUCAGCAAGAACCUCGCCAAGAUGAAUGAACGAAGUAUGAAGCUUUCUGUCCCGGGCUGGAAGCUGCCCGGCGCUGAAUCCAAGCAAGAUUUCCACGUUUUAGAGUGGGUCUACUUCCCAGAGGAUCCUGCAAAACAUGGACAUAUCGAUGUCUCCCUCCACAAGUACAAGGGUCAGCUGACUCCAGAGCGCAAGAAAAUCACCUGCGACCUCCUGGGCAAGGCCUUGCGCCAGUGGAACAGCGUGGCCGUCCAGUUCCACAGCGUCGGGAAGGAGAUUCCCCCAGACCUCCUUCCCCUCAUGGAGCGUCUGUUCUAUUCCAAUCUGCACACGGAAACCGAAGGGUACUCUGUAGCAGCAAAGCUCGCGCGGGCGAAUCACAAGACAGUCGAGGUGGAAUUCAGAACAACCAUGAAUAAAAUCAAGGAAAUCCUGACCACUGAGAAACACAGAGAUGCCCUAAGGUUAGCAGAGAACAUCCUCAGCACCACGGUGACUGCCGGCAAAUAUGAAGUCAAGUCCCUGCAACUCAAAGGCCACACUGAGUAUGAUUACGGAAGGGACUGCCAAGCAUUCGAAAGACUAUACCAUGAAAAAAAACCAGAACUGAAGGCCCUGACCGUAACACCAGAGGAGUGCUGCCGCAUCACCAUGAGUUCAACCCUCUCGGACCUCCAGGACGAUGCUUUCCUCGAAAUGCUGAACAUGAACAAGUUCGAGUUCCUCAAGAACUUUACCAUGAGUGGCAUCCCCGUGUUUUCGCCAACCAGAGACUCUGUAAGCCUAAAUCCGUGGUCCUACAAUAUCGUAAGGAUACUCAGAUCCCCGUACACCACCAUGAGUCAAGUGGCCAUUGAGUCUUAUGCCUCAAAUUCGGAUCCGGGCACACGCCACAAGGACAUCAAACUGAAAGAGGACGAUGACAACACUCACUUCAAUGCUGUCAUCCCAGUGUUUAGCAGAGAGGCUGCGAAGGUUAUGAGACCUUUUCUCCAAACACGUCUGUAUGCCAUGUGUGCUACCUUCGCCAUCCUCAAGAAUCCGCACAUCAUAGACUUCAAUAUACAUUUGGCAGCUUUGGCUACCUGCUGGGUGAGGAUACUGUAUGACCACCCAGAAGUCCCACGGCCAGAGUACGUUCGGCUCCGAGAGGAGAGUAUAAUCGCCACGGCUUCUCAGUACAUGCAUAGGAGAGGUCACGUUGAUUACUGUGAUCUCCUGAGAGACGACGCACCACAGGCGCUGAUGACGGAAAGCGAAGUGAAGAUAAAGAACCGUCCAGUCAAGUGUGAAUCUCUCAUCAAGCCAAUGUUUAUGCUUUACAUCUUAAAGCGAAACGACGAAUUAGAGAUGACGGAAGUUGAGCAGAUUGUCCGGCUGAUUUUGGUUGAAUUUAUCGGGCGCAAUUUGAGUCACAGCAGUAACUCGCAGAAGGACAGCACACCUUAUACGGACUUCUUUUUGGCAGAGAAGAAAGAGGAUUUUUUCCAGAAUUAUUCUAAGGAUGUCAGGUCGACCAUUCUCCAGGCAGAGAGUUCGGCAGCCUUUCCUCUCUCAAAGUUCUAUACCCUCGAGGAAGUGCAGAAAGAGGCCAAAAGGAAGAGCAAGGAGCAGAUGAAGGCGGUCAGGGAGAGCCUUUCCCUGCCGGUGCGGGUGAGCAUGGAAAAAGUGGAGAGACUCUUCAACCCUUCCCUUGCCGGAGCCGUCUCGUGGCGUACCCUCAGGACCUACGCCGGGGAGGUGGGUCUGCCCGAAGAGGUCGUUGAAGAGCUCUUUUCUGAGAAGAGUGCGUUCGUUUACACUCAUCAUGCACUGCGGUACAGUUCCUCGAAGCAGCGUCUGUUAGCUAAGAUCGACAGUUAUGAAAAUGCCUUUAUGUAUGUGAAGAGUCAAGUCGAAAAGGAAAACAUGGGCCUUCUGGUAAAGACACUUCUAAAUGACUUGGUCAGCUUCUACGAAAACGCCUGGCUGGCCGAGUACCGCCAGGCUCAUGCUGACGUGGUAAGACCCAUGAGCAAGGAGGAGAUUCUGGCGGAGGCUGCUGCCCGUGGGGUCGAGGUCACCGCCGCGACCUUCGAGCAAGUGUACCGGAAGUACCGCCCGCAUCUAGGGCUCCUGACCGACGCCUGUCAGUGCCCUUCCUGCCCCUUCUUCCUCAAGCCAAACAAGAGGUACAAUCAGCACGCCAUAGUGGAGCGGCGCAAAGCAACUCUGUUCCCUCACGGAUUCCACCAAGUCGCAUACGACUGUCGCGAAGGAGGCCUCGAGAGUGCCAUCAGCGAGUUUCAGAAAGGCACCCACAGGAAGCACAAGGGCCAGGGCAAGUCACUGCCACAGGAAGCCAUCUCGCCCCUUCUUCAAGAGAUGGAACAGCUGGCAGUCAUUUACUCCGGAGCCAAGUAAUGGGAGCGGAGGGAGGGAGGUGUGGCAGGAACUCGAACUCCCAGUCAGUCACACAGCAGCAGGAGACUCACCAAAGGCCAGUUCCAAGCUCUUCCAAGCUCGAGAAUCAGAAUGCUUUUCUCUGGUCAAUCACUCGGCUCCACACCUUGUCCCUGAUCUCACAGGGCCGCCCUUACACCACGCCCUUGUUUGCCGCGAAUUGUGCCGGGAAGCGUCCGCGUCUUAGUAUCUGUGGUUCUUGUUAUUAUUAUCAUUUUGAUUUUUGUUAUCGUAAUUGUUAUUAUUACUAUUAUUAUUAUGAUUAUUAUUAUUAAGCAGGCGAAUGAGAGACUCACUUCUUAAAGGUAAAUGAGUCACUCUUUAUAGGCAACCCCAUAUCAUUUAUUAAUUAUUAUUAUUAAUCAGAACCCAAAUUCUGAACUAAAAUGUACAGGAAACGAACAUCGGACCAGAAGCCGCCCGGAGUGUGAAAUACGGGAAGACACGCGCCCAGAUUCGCCAAUGAGGAUACUUUCCCGGCGAGGACGCGGGUCAGGCCAGGUCAAUGCACGGGGGAUGAAACCGGCCCUGUCUGAUCAGCCUCCUUUCAACCUACACAGAUCAUUUCAGCCAACAACAACAAGGGGGGAAGAAAACGCCCGCAGACCCACCAUUUCCUUCUCUUCAAAGGGAGGAGUGCGUGGACGAGACUCUCUCUCCCUCUCUCUCUCUCUCUCUCUCUCUCUCUCUCUCUCUCUCUCUCUCUCUCUCUCUCUCUCUCUCUCUCUCUCUCUCUCUCCUCUCUCU